AGUCUGGAGGCCCAAAACUUUGGGUUCCUUUGACCAAAAUUCAGAUUUCAGAGCAUCCAUGGAUUCGAGCAACAAGGAACAACAGUGAAUGAACAAAUCUGGGCACAUCAGAAGAAUAUUCAGAAGUCGGAAGAAAGCGGCGCUAACAUGCAGAGUAGAAGAAGAGCUUCUGAUUCUACAGACCAUAUCGAUGGUUGCUUCGAGAUUGAGGGUGAACGACUCGCUUCCCUGCUCCAAUCAAUCAACAAAAGAGUAGAGUUAGCAAGACAUGUUGAUGGGAAGUCUUUACCUGAGAAGUUUUGGUUAAAGCAACAAUUCUCAAUUGGGGUCAAUGACGUUACUCGAGUUCUUGAACGUAUGAAGCCAAAUCCUGAGAUGGGCACUCACUCAGCCAUCUGCAAACCUAAAGCAUCUUCUUCUGUUCAGCUUCAGGCUGUAUUACUAGCUUCUGAUUGCAAGCCAUGGUGGCUUACAAAGCAUCUACCGAGUUUGGCCAUGUCGAGGAAAGUGCCAUUGAUCUUUGUCAAAGAUAAUAACGGGGCUUCCUUAAGAUUAGGUGAACUUGUCAAACUCAAAACAACAAUUGCAAUAGGAAUAAAGGCGAAAGGAAAUUCCAUCAAUCAACUCCUAGUGGAAAUUCUUGAAGAAAAUUCUUCGCAGCCCUGCAAUGAUUUAAUGAAUCUUGGAACUGAUGGCCUGAACUCUACUGAGAUGGAACCGCUAAUCUGAAGUCAAAUUUUAGAGGUGUAAAAUUAACAUGCAUCAUCUUUUGCUCUCAAAAUGAUAAAAUGAUCAACACUCUUGAACAGUACUAAUCAUGCAUGUGUACAAGCUACUUGCGCAGUGUUAUUCAUGUGUUAUUGAAAGCUUUAAGCA